AUGCUGGGCGGUCACGGUGCCGACCCCGCAAUACCGAAGGGAGCAGGUAAAGGUCGGGGUGGUGAGGAAAAUGAGUUGAAUAUCGCCGACGCUGCCUUUGAAGACGGAUGGGCCUGCAAUGCGCGAAGGGCGUGUUUUGUUGACAAUGCAAGAUGUGCUAACCGGGUGAUAUCACCCCUAAUCCGCACGCUAGACGCAUCUCGCAAGUCGAGUCGAGACCAAACCACUGGCGCUUGCGAUCCGGCAUCCAGGCUGUCCAGAUCUUCGGGUCUGCCUACUUAUCGAGACGUCAGCAUCAGCUUGAUGGCAAAUCUGACGUACGCGGAGCUCCUUGGCAGCGGCCGUUGUAUUCAUAGCACGGGGGAGCCGAACAGGCUUGUUCCCGAUGGACACAGAGGCUACACACUUAUCCGCGACUUGAAAAUGGGUCGCAAAAUUCCCUGGAUUUCCGAGCACGAUGGCUCGAACCUAGCCUUGGCAGCCGAUUCGUCGUGGACCGCGGACAACGCCCGCAAAGGCACGCAGAUCAGUGGCGAAGGCGUAGCGAUGGAAGGGGCAGACCAGACUAGCGCCGUCCGACCGCGUUCUGAGGACCGGGUGCAGAGCAUGGAGGCAGAAGGUCUGCUCUGGGGAGGUGGAAGACGAGUCGUGGGCGACGGACGCUCUCUAGCGCAACGAAGAGGUGAGAAACAGGCUAUCUUGGCGGUAUCAUAUGCCCGAAGACCUAAAGGCCUAAUGGGAGUAGUCAACCGGACAGGCCAGAGGGAGCUCACGAGCAUCGCGCGAGGAAUCGACGCCUCUGCUCUGUGCAUGCACCGCGCGCAAUCCGAGCCUGACGAGUCUCAGAAUUGGGCGCUAUUAUCGGUCGCGACCGCAGCACGCGAGGGAUCGUGUCUCGAGAUGCUCGUAUUGUCUCGUCCUUCUCGAGCGCGAGGCACAGCAGCCGUCGCGUACACAAUGGGGGGCUGGAGAUGUGGGACGAUGUGGGCUGCUGUUUUGGUAAAACGUGUUGACGUGGCGAGCGCAAGCUGGGACGGGCGAGUGCCUGUGUGGGCAUGCUUUAACCGUAUGCGGACGCACUCGGCCGAGCCGCCCCGCGGAACAGGGAAAUCUGAGAUCUGCACUCCCGAUGGGAGCCCCGACACACUGAAAACAACGACUGCCCUGCUUUCCAGAACUCCAUCUUCCCUGCGCGAACCAGUGCACGGAUUCCCGCCCUCGAGCUCAUCCACCGAUGCAGUUCAGGCUUUACCUUUCUCCUCAACGAGCAUCGAUCGUAGCCCGUUGUCAUUUCCAAACCCGGAACACCCAGAUUUGUACACCAGGGAGCGCCUUCCGGCCCCCUUCGCGCCUUCCACCUUCCAGUCUAUCACUUUUUGA